AUGAUAAAAAGAAGUACAGAAUCGUCAAUACUAGACGUAAUGUUGAGAAAUGAUGUGGUUGCUACCACUGAAUUGUUGGAUAAUGAAUCACCUGAUUCACCCAUUUGCAAAUAUUUCGUGUAUGGACUUUAUAGUUAUAACAUAAAUUCCGAAAAUAAAGCCCCAAUUAGUAGAAAUAAUCAUCUGUUACUCAUAAACACUCAACAUAGGAUCAACGUUCAUCCCAUAACCCAGUAUCAUAAGGAUGUAAAUAUCUGUAAUUCCCACAAAAAACAGACUAAAAUGUCACAAAGACGUGAUAAUAUGGAUUUGGAUGAUGGAAUGACUUAUUACGAUGAUGGAGUAGUUGAUUCAGAUGAUAAUCGUAGCAAAUCCGAUGACGUAAUUGAGGACGAUGACAUAAUUGAGUCAGAAGAUGAUGUGAUCGAACUGAAGAAGAAUGCACUUAAUCUGAGGAAAAUAUUCAUCCCAGGAAAACCUAGUAAAAGUAUUGCAAAAAACGAACUUCACCUGAUAAUUGAGUCACCGGUUAAAGUUGGAACUUGUGAAUUCAACUUUUGCGCACUUUUAGAAUCUGGAAAUAAACUCACAUUCUUCUACUACGACUCCGCAGAACUCGAAUAUUUAAACGAUUGCGACACCAUAACUAUCGAUCACAUCACAUUCAAAGAUAUAUUUCCGACUGUUAAAUCGGUCUAUAAUGAGAGCCCUGUGAGUACAUUUAGUGAAGUGUACCAUUUGUUAUGUUCUUCCUUGAAGAAGUUUAAGUUCAGAUUAAAGGGUUUUGACGAGGUUGAAAAUUUGUUCGACCAGGCACUGAGCAACUAUAGACAAAUAAACUCAAUCCCAGAGACUUUAAAUUAUGACGGGUUGUGUAUUGACAAGUGUUACCUGGAUGAAAAAAACGUGGAAUCAUUCUCCUCAUUCAGCUAUUUAGAUGAUUCCAUUAUCGAUUUCUUCAACCAAUUCACCUAUAAAUAUUUGAUGGAUGAUUCUCAAAGAAAAACAUGGGCGAUAUUGAGCACAUAUUUUGUUAGGAAGAUAAAGCAGUACAAGGACCCAAAGGAGGCUUACGCUAACACUUGGAAGUGGACAAGGAAGUUUAGUAGAGCUUUACCAAUGAAUGACUUUAUUUUCAUACCAAUCAACCUCUCUGAGGUUCACUGGUCACUGGUAAUCAUCGCUUACCCUAAAUAUGCAAUAAGAUAUCAUAAUAUAAAGUCUGAAAAGAAAGCCGCAAUCAUACAUCUCGACUCACUUCGACACCACCAACUCAGCCAUGAAAUUAUCGAUUUACUAAAAAAUUAUCUCUAUCAAGAAUAUGAUAGUCGAUGUAGAACGUUUAAGGAGAGGGGUUUCGAGUUUGAUUUGGAUCCAGAUUCGUGGGAUUACAUAACGCCCUCCAGAGGAGUCCCCCUGCAAAACAAUGGUUACGACUGCGGGAUAUACCUCAUCGAGUACAUAAUGUACCUUACACUCAAUAAGAGUGAGUUUUCAACCUUGAUUCCAAAGUACUUUGAUUUUCAAAGCCCAAGCAAAGCAGACUCAGGAAGAUACACAAAGUGGUUCACUCAAGUUCAAAUACACAACAGGAGGUUGAACAUGAAGCAGGUGCUGAAGUUCAUGAGGGAUAACCCGGACUGGUCAACCGAUGAAAAUAAGAUUCAAUACAUCACUGAUCAAAUGACUCAGCAAUAUUAAUUCAUAUUAACACUGUAAAUUAUAGAUUUAUCAAUGUCUUACUCCAUUAAUAA